CUCCAGGCAACGGGAAUAACAGAGGCCACCUGAGAGCGCCUGCGCGGCGGUCUGUUGAGGUGGGGGUCUGGUCUGGAAAACUAAGUCCUGGUGCCAGCUUCCCCUGAGCAGGAACGGUCGCCAGUGACUCAGGACCUAGUUAAGUACCCACAGGAAAUAAUAAGCAUUCACCAAAUGCUUAUUGGAGGAAAGCUCUGGCAUACCCAACACCACUGUUCCUAAGAAGUUCAAGAGAGUAUGUAGGCUUCAGUCCAGUCCCUGAAUGGCUGGUCUCCAGUUGGCGCCACAUCUGCCUGUGGGCGUUAUGCUCCCAUAUAAUAAAGCGGAAGCUCCAGGGCUCCUCUCAGCUAAGCAAGAGCCCUGUGAAAAAGGUGACUCUUCUCAGCGGUCCUCAAUGGGGCACCCAAGGAACAAUUUCCAGCAGAAGCUUUUGAGCAACAAAGAGCUGAUGCCGGAGAAUCUCUACACUCCCUCCAAAUGGAACACGUACAGCAAAGCUUGGAGCUACUCCUAUCCCCAGUGUGUUGGAAUCAGCCAGCAGGAUUCCAGAAGCAGUCCCCAGGGCCAAGCAAAGGGUUUGUUUUACUCAUCAGAUCCUCAGUCCUGGUAUCCCAAAGCAGAUAACCAGGAAUUCAUCCCCUUUACAAAGAAGCGAGUUGGGGUGGACCGGGCAUACCCACUGAAACCUGUGUUCCACAGGAAGUCUCAUAGUACGAGUGAGGCUGCCAUUGAUGGGGACCAGAAUGUCUCUCCAAGACCCCCUGAACCAAGAGGGUUUCCAUACAGCAGUGUUGGUUCAAGGAACUGGGAGAAUUCAUCUGGGGUUUGUGCUGUUGCUGCCACACAGGAGGAGAGGGCCGUGGCACAUCCCAACAGGACUGAACGGGUGCAGAUCCAAAGACUAGAAGCUGCAGGGGAGAGCUUACGGGAGGAAAUCCGAAGAAAAGAGACCCUCCUAAGGGAAAAGCUGAAGAAGACAGAGGAGGAACUCAGAAGGAUCCAGAAAGAAAAGGAACAGGCUAAGGAAAAUGAAAAAAGAGAGCUACAGAGAAUGACACUCCCCAGGAGGAGAGUUAAAGGUAAUAGCAACACCACAUACAAAUCUACCUUCUCCCCAGAACUGGGGGCUGAGGAGGUCUUCAGCAGACACAGGGGAGAGGAUGAAACUAGAGGAUGGCCUCAAGAAAAUUCUAGUCCACUCCAGUUCUCUGAUUAUGGAAUACAGAAGCUCAAAAGGGAAAGACUGGUGGCAAGCAAUAACAAAAUCCGAGACUUAGUCUCAGGGCCACCAAAAGAGUUCUCUCAGUCUUCAGGAGUGCCAGGCCAUGCUUCACGGGGAUCCACCAGCAAUUCUAAUCUGUCUAGGGCACCAGACUCCUCAGUUUCCAGCUGUUCUACCGAGGAGCCAGAACUUGGCGAAUGUAGCCAUUGUGGACGCAAGUUCCUGUUGCUCAGACUGGAGAGACACUCCAACGCCUGCAGCAGGAUGCAGAGUUCCAAGAGGAAAGUGUUUGACUCCUCCAAGGCCCGGGCCAAGGGCACAGAACUAGAGCAGUACUUGAACUGGAAGGGAUCAGCCUCAGUCCAGGCUGAACCUCCUCGGAAGAGCAACUGGAGACAGAAGCAUGAGUCUUUCAUCUGUACCCUCCGUCAGGCUCGAGAAGUCCAGCAGGUAAUUGCCAAAGGUGGAAACCCCUCAGACUUGCCUCCUAUCCUGCCUGCAGAAAAUCCAGAUUAUAUUCAGUGUCCUCACUGUAGUCGCCACUUUGCCCCCAAGGUGGCUGAGCGGCACAUUCCCAAGUGUAAGACCAUCAAGAACCGGCCUCCACCUCCAAGGAAGCAUCCCAGUUGAGCGGACAACAGUGGAAGCCUCCUUGAUAAUUCAGAAGGCUCUGCUUCUCUUCAGCAGUAAAUGGGAGUAGAAUAAUUUGAUGGAAAACAGAACUAAAAGUUUUAUACCUCCCCCAUCUGCCUGGAGAGCUUCAAUCAGUGAGGAGAGACCCUUUGCUAAGCAGCAGGAGGCAAAAGGAAGCCUCAGCUUCCCACUAAAUUACCAGCUCAGGCUGGAGUGCCUUGUUAUUGCCCUAAGAACGGAUGGCUGAAGACACUCGAGAGGCGAGCGGGCUACAUUAAAGCUCUGUUCUUGCAAGCCCGA